UUUGCUUCUCUGUUUUUUUUUUUUUUUUCCUUUUUUUUCUUUGUUUGAUGUUUGGGUAAGCAUUUGAUUUGAUCUAUUGACAAAAUAAAGUAUGGGUUUUCAACCCGUGGUGAACCUGUGCUUCUCUAUUUUUUUUUCUUUGUUUGAUGUUUAGGUAAAGCAUCUGAUUUGAUCUAUUGGAUUCCCGUGGUUGUGGGGUUUUUUUUUUUUUUAAUAAUUUAUGGAACUAAGGUCUUCACAGUGUAAGAAAUGUGUGAUAAAUGCUUCGACUUUUCUGGAAUAAUUGAAACCUGCCUCUACUCCACUUAGUUCAGCAUUGAUAUAUCUCAAUUAAGUAAAAUCUUUUGUAGUGUUUAGGUGGUAUGAAAAGCUCUUUCCUUUUUUUGCAUAUAAAGUUUACAAUUUGUCAUAUUGUCUGGCACAAUCUUUUAAUGCUUUCAUCAGUUUGGCAUAUUUUAAGUAUCGUUUUAUUUUUUUGCUAGCACACUCUUUUUUGUUAAUUCAGAAUUUGUUUAUUAUGUUCUAUUUGAUAAGAAGUUAUGAGGUUGGUUCUUUUCAUUUUUGUUAUCAUGGGAUUUCUUUUUUACAAUAAUGGUUCUUGGGUUUUGUUAGGGGUUGUAUGUUUUUCUUUUGUUUUUGGGCAGUGUGCAUAGGGGGCUUUUGUGUUCUAUUUGUUGCAUGCAAUGUUGAUUAGGGUUUGAACUUUUAAGAACUGAGCUUUGGACAAUUUGCAUAAAAAUUUUGUGUUUUACUGAUCAAUUUGAUUAAUGAUAUCGAUAAAUAUGUCUUGUAAGUCAUGCUAUGAUCAGUGUUUUUGUUUGAUAUGUGAACUUAUAAGCUAAUCGGUGCUCUGUUUGCUACUUGUUUUUAUGAAAUUAUGCAUUUGCUAGCCAAGUGAUCAAUGGGUGAAGAUUGUGGUUUAUGUUUAAAUUUGAGUGAUUAACAGCAAGGACGUAUUUUGUUGCUUAUUGCUGAUUGCAGUUAUAGUGAUAAUUUCAGGUAUAUUUUAAUAAUUUGAGAAGUAAGGGUUAAUGUAUUUUUCAUUAUUGAUCAAUCAAUGAGUCCUAUUUAUGAUGUGUCUGUUAAUGUUUGAUCAAUUUAGGAGGGAACUUGUUUGUUGGUGCUGCGUAAUGGUAGUUCUCUUUCUAUGUUUCAUUUAAUUUUCAACAUUAUAAUUCUUGAUUCUGACUUAAUUUUUCUGUAACCGCUCAGCUCUGCAAUGCAUACACUGAAUUGAAUGACCCUGUGGUACAACGCUCAGCGAUUUGCUGAGCAGCUCAAGGAUCGGCAAUCUGGUGAUGAUGAAGCAAUGGCUUUGGAUGAAACCUUCUGUACGGCUCUUGAGUAUGGGUUGCCUCCAACCGGUGGUUGGGGAUUGGGUAUUGAUCGGCUAACAAUGUUGUUAACUGAUUCACAAAACAUUAAGGAGGUUAUUCUCUUCCCAGCCAUGAAACCUCAAGAUGAGCCAUCUGCUAAAGAGGGCGGUGCUGGAACCAGCAAUGCAAGGGCGUGACAUGAACUAGCAAAUUGCUUCUGGAGAUUUGUAUGGCACUUUGGUUUUUUACAGAUUGAUACAGAUUUCUCCGUAAACAUUGUUGAUUUGUUUGGUUCGUAGAAAAGUAAAGAAAUUGUGAGGGACCGAGAGAAAGAUCUGGAUUUUUCUCAUUUCUACACAUUAGUACAAAGCUGCUUCUCUCCUCUCUUACAUA